UGGUCCGACGUGUACGAAUGAAAACUGUUAUUAGUAAAAAGAAGCGCGCCACUGCCAGCCGCGCAUCUUUAAUUCCCGAAACAAUUUUAUUUAGAUAUAACUCGUUAAUCUUUAUGACGUCUUGUGUGUUCGUGGGUUAUUCCUCAUUCCAUAAUCCAUACUAUUCCCGCUCGAGCCGUAUUCUACCAAAUGUAUAAGACGACUAUCAGGCUAUCAGCUUUGUUAGGUGUUCCUAAGGCCUGAUAAGUUGGUGAGAUUAUAUUUUGUGAUAGCUAUGGGCUUAGAGAUUAGGCAAUCACGUUGGGAGUGGUGAUUUGUGUGUUGUUGCCUGGAGAUGUGAUCGCCUCUGUUUUGGCGUCAGCGAUUUAUGCUUCGUGUGCUUGCGGUGGUGUUGAUCGCUCGGGCAAGCCUCCACACGCUCACUCAGCACACUCGUCUUCCUUCUUUUGCAUUCCGCUCUCUCAAAGUACUUUACCCGUAGUGUACACCUCUCUGUAAAAAAGUGUCUAUUCUACACCGUGCUUAUUACACUGUUCACCGAACCUCACGACGGCGGAGUUCAAUGAUGCUUUCUUGGUUUAGCUCUGCCUUCGGGGAACCCCAUGCCAUGGCGGAUCCCGUCAAACCCUCCCCGGUGUCCGCCGCCGGUGAUGCCCUGCGCAAGCAACUCCUCCAGGCGCGCAGCCAAUCCAAAGACCCCGCCGUCGCCGCCGUGGAGGAUGUGCCGUUCAAUCCGCCGAUGCCGUGGUUCGGAAUCGACAUCGGCGGAUCUCUCGUCAAACUGGUCUACUUUGAACCGGAAAACGUCCUCCCCGAGGAUGCGGCCUGCGAGGUGGAGCAGACCAAGAUCAUUCAGCGCUACCUGACCAGCAACAAAACCUACGGCGACACCGGAAUCCGCGAUGCGCACCUGGAGAUGCGCGGCGUCCCCAUCAACCACCACAUUGGAACGCUGCACUUUAUCCGCUUCCCCAGCAGUGCCAUGGAGAAGUUUAUCCAUUUGGCUAAAUCCAAGGGCCUGUCAGCGCUGACGACAACGGUGUGCGCCACCGGGGGUGGCGCGUUCGCCUACGAGAAGACGCUGCGACAGGAACUCAAUUUGGAGUUGCAUAAAUUCGAUGAGUUGGACUCGCUGAUCAGUGGGAUUCACUACAUUGAAUACAAUCACCCCGAGGAGACAUUCACCUUUGAGAAUCCCCUGGAUGAGGGGCAGUGCAAACGGGUGCCGCACAGUAUCCGCGAUCUGUAUCCGUAUUUGGUUGUAAAUGUCGGCAGCGGUGUCAGUAUUCUGCUGGUGGAAUCCCGCACGAAAUACCGCCGAGUUUGGGGCACGAGUAUCGGUGGGGGAACGUUUAUGGGGCUGUGCUGCUUGCUGACAGGAUGUCAGACGUUUGAGGAGGGGAUUGAGCUGGCGGCCAAGGGCGACCAUCGAAAUAUUGACAAACUGGUACGAGACAUCUACGGCGGUGACUACAGUCGUUUCAAUCUUCCCGGCGAUACGGUAGCAAGCAGUUUUGCUCAGAUGAUGGAUCCGGAGAAGCGGAAGACUGCCCGCAAAGAAGAUCUGGCCCGUGCAGUGCUGGUCACUGUGACCAACAAUAUCGGUUCCAUUGCUAUGAUGUGCGCCAUGAAUAACGGCGUCGACAAAGUGGUCUUUAUGGGCAACUUCCUCCGCGUCAACGCGAUCUCCAUGAAGCAGCUGGCCUACGCCAUGGACUAUUGGUCCAAGGGCCAAUGUAAGGCGCUAUUCAUGGAACACGAGGGAUAUUUCGGUGCCGUGGGCUGUCUGCUGGAGUACAUGAAUCUGGGACGGAUAAACCAGAACAGUAGUGAUGCAAAACCAGUGUAGACUACAAUAAAUUUGUCUGUGAGAUUAGCACAGAUUAAGUAGUUGUCUCUUCUGACCGGUAAUCUGUGCUGGGUUAAUUUAUUGUGAAUUUACAACCGUGAGCGGGGAUUUUGUGAGAAAGGUCGUCGUGGUGUUGCAGAUGUUUUAGUGUUUUUAGCCGUUGAUGUUUUUGUAGAUGUUGCAUGCUUCCAUUCGCUCGGGUAUUUGUUGUGAAUUAUUUUUGUUUAACAAAACUUAUGAUUUAAACUGUUUAUUAAGCAAUAUUUGGAGGAGACUUGUAAUAAAAAAGUUGGUAGUUC